GCGGGCGGAGGGAGACUGUGGAGAGAGCCCAGAGCGCUGCGGGGUGCCACACAGCCGCGAGGCUCCCACCGACGGGCGCAGCAGGAGCGAGUGGAGCCGGGAGGCGCGCUCCGGGCAUAUAGAGCCAAGCCCGGCGCACGGACGCGCGGGCGCCCUCCCCGAGUCCCUGCUCCCGCGCCGUGCUCCUAGGCCAGCAUGAGGAUCCUGACGGCAGCGCUGCUCCUGCUGCUCCUGGCGCUGUGCGCCGCGCGCGUGGACGGGUCCAAAUGCAAGUGCUCCCGGAAGGGACCCAAGAUCCGCUACAGCGACGUGAAGAAGCUGGAAAUGAAGCCAAAGUACCCGCACUGCGAGGAGAAAAUGGUUAUCAUCACCACCAAGAGCGUGUCCAGGUACCGGGGUCAGGAGCACUGCCUGCACCCCAAGCUGCAGAGCACCAAGCGGUUCAUCAAGUGGUACAACGCCUGGAAUGAGAAGCGCAGGGUCUACGAAGAAUAGGGUGAAAAAUCCCUGAUGGGAAAGCUUCACACCGGUUGGGACACAAGCAAAGGACUUUGCAGAUUAAAAAAACAAACCCUUUCCUUCUCACAGGCAUAAGACACAAAUUAAAUAUCGUUACAAAGCA